GGUGCCUGAGGGCGUGUGUGUGUGUGGUUGAGGGAGUGUGGCCAAGUGCUCAGGCUGUGCUGGUGAUUCACACGUGUGCCUGCUCAGGAAAACGUGCUGGCUACAUUGAUGUUGUCGUAAGGAAUAACAUCGCUAAUCCCUCAUAAAACAUUUCAGGUAACACAAAACAUAAAUAAUACUAAUAUUAUAACAACAACAAUAGUGCAGUGAAGUAAUAAUAUUAAGACAUUGAAAUAUAUAAUAAUAAAAACGUUUGAGGAUUAUGAACUAACAGUGAUUGAAGGAGAGAGAAAGAACCGCAGAGGGAAGAGGGAGAGGAAGACAGGAUGAGAAUUGUGGGAGAGAACUGUGCUCCUCUCUCUCCAAGCUCCUCAGGUGCCUCCAAUUCAUCUGCAGAGACAGUCCAGAAAAGUAUAGAAACAAACAAACACAGAAACAUAAGAUAAAGAGUAUUUGCAUUUAAAAGGUUUAGAAACGAGACUGAGAAUGUGAUGUAAAGAAAAAAAAUAAUAAGAAAGAGUCAAAGAAAGAACAGACGAAGAUGAAGCCCCAGGCGUUGAAGUAGUGAGUCGUGUGAUGAGGGUCGUGCAGGACAGAGAAUAAAGAGAACAGUGAAGAGGCAGAGGAACACCAACGGACACACGUACAAACAAUAAAGAGAAAAGAAGGGAAGGAUCAACGCGACAACCUAAACUGUCAAAACAAAGACUACCUUGAGGCAAAACAACAGCAACAACAGCAACAAUAACACCGCCUGUGAUGCCCGUGGUGCCUGGCGGUGGUGGUGGUGGAGGUGCAGGCCGCCAUGGUGCUUACAACAGCUGUGGUGGAGGUGGUGGCCGAGUGGCUGCGGUGGUGGUGAAGGGGUGGUGUUAGCCAUGGCACGCCGCCCCCCAGUGCCCCUUGAUGUGGCCACGCCCCCAACACCCCCCCAGCCCCCGCCCCCGCCCCAGACAUAGCGUCGCCUUCGGGGGGACGCACGAACGAAGGUCUCCCAAGAUGGUAGGGGGCGCCUCCCCCCCGCCCGUCACCAUCUCGCGGGUCCUGGACGCCUGGAAUGAGAUGAUAGAGAAUGAGAACCACAGUCUGCGGGACAGGGUGGGGGACCUCGAGAAAAAGGUGCACGAGCAGAAUGACGAGAUUAUGUGCCUCCGCUCCACCCUGGCAGACGUGCUCAGGAGGCUCACGUCCGUCGAGGCCUCCAACAGAUUGGGCGUGAGUGGGGGCCGCGCCACACCCACGAAGGACGGGGGGGCGGUGCGUCUUCGCCAUCACCACAACAGCGGCGAUGGAGUGGGGGCGCGCGACCCCUCCAAGCGAGUCACCUCUUACGUCCCCGGCCGUCCCGUCUCCUCCACCGCCCACAUCAGAGUCACACCAGACGCGUCCUACCGCAGGCGGGGUGCCCACUACCAGUCCACGUCCAGCCUGUACUCAGACGGACACAGCUCCUCCUCCGUCAGCCCGGCGCCCUCCCCCUCCCCCACGCAGGCCCCCUCCUCCUCCAACACCGCCGCUGCGUCCCACCACCACCUCCACCACCACCUCCCCACCAGACACGUGUCCACCGUCUCCUCCCCCUACGCCUCCCCCACCCGCCCCUCCCAGCUGGGCGCCCUCAACAAGCGGUGGGUGUCGACCAGUGACUUCGCCACGCCCAGCCGCGCCGCCUACGCCCACGCCCCCUCCCCCACGCCCACUAACACCGCGCUCGCCGCCAGACGGCCAAACAGCGGGUCCAUGCACAACCUGUCCUCGCUCAGGGCCUCCAACGCCCCCCUCGCCAACGCCCACGGCAGGCACGGAGCCCGCGAGGCACAGUACAACGUCGAGGAGGGCGUGGUGAAGCUGUACUUGCGCGGCCGCCCCCUCAACCUGUACGUGCCCACGCCGCUCCGGGAGGACUACAACCCCGCCGGCACCUCCGCCCCGCCGCCCGCCAAGCUCAAGCUGGAAUGGGUCUACGGCUACAGGGGCCGCGACUGCCGGAACAACGUGUACCAGCUGCCGACGGGAGAGAUCGUGUACUUCGUGGCGGCGGUGGUGGUGCUGUACAACGUCGAGGACCAGAUGCAGCGACACUACCUGGGCCACACCGACGACAUUAAGUGCCUGGCCGUCCACCCCAACAAGCUGAUCAUCGCCACGGGGCAGACGGCGGGGCAUGACAGAAGGGAUGCUCGGUCUUGGCGUCUCAAUCCACCGACAGACCCACUGAGUCCUGAAGCCGAGGAGUGGCCCCACAUCCGCAUCUGGGACAGCGUGAGCCUCAACACCCUCCACGUGCUGGGCAUCAGUGACAUCGAGCGCUCCGUGGCCUGCCUGGCAUUCUCCAAGGCGGAUGGAGGCGGCCUGCUGGUGGCGGUGGACGAGGCCCCGGACCACAACAUGUCUGUGUGGGACUGGUCCAGGGGAGACCGAGGCUACAAGCUACUCGAGACUAAGUGUUCAGCAGACCAGGUGCUUGCCGUGGAGUUCUCUCCGGUGGACCGCAACACGAUCAUCACCUGCGGCAAGAACCACAUCUCCUUUUGGUCCUACGAGAGCGGCAUGCUGGCCAAACGCACCGGCAUCUUCGAGAACAGGGAGCGGCCCAAGUAUGUCACCUCCAUCUCCUUCACCGACUCUGGCAAUGUCAUCUCCGGGGACUCCAACGGCAACCUCCUCAUCUGGCAGCGAGGUGGCAAUACAGUGUACAAGAUGGUUCGGGGCGCACACGAGGGCCCAGUGUUCUCCAUUCUGGUGCAGAAGGAUGGCGCCAUCAUCACAGGUGGCAAAGACAGCAACAUCGUGGAGUGGGACCGUGACCUCGAGCGCACCGGCAACGUUAUCCAGGUGCCAGAGCAGUUUGGAGCCCCACGCGUGGUGACCUCAGGCCGGGGCUCCCAGCUGGUGGUGGGAACAACCCGCAACUGUGUGCUUGAGGGAACCUUCACCUUCGACAUACGGCCUGUCAUGCAGGGACACACUGAGGAGCUGUGGGGCCUGACGCCACACCCCAGCCACCACCAGUUCCUGACAGCCGGCUAUGACCGGACCUGCUACCUUUGGGACACCAUGGCCCACACUAUUGUCUGGAGCAAGGAUAUUGGGGAGCCAGCCCAGUCUGCAGCAUUCUCAAGCAAUGGAGACAUUGUGAUCAUCGGCACCACCAGUGGACGGUGGCUGGUGAUGGAUGCUGAGACCAGGGAGGUGUACUCCCAGCACCAGGAUGGCAAUGAGCCAAUCCAGGUCCUCAAGUUCUCCCCCAACGCUCAGUACCUGGCCGUGGGCUCCCGUGACAACAACAUCUACGUUUACCAAGUGUCUGAGGAUGGCCGCAAGUACUCCAGGGUGGGCCGCUGCCAGGGUCACUCCAGCUUUGUGACUCAUCUGGACUGGUCAACAGACAGCCAAUUUCUUCAGUCCAACUCUGGAGACUAUGAACUGCUGUUUUGGAAUGCUGGUCUGUGCCGUCAAAUAGUGCAGACGUCCCAGAUGAGGGACGUGGAGUGGGCCACCAGCUCGUGCACCCUCACAUUCAACACACUGGGCAUCUGGCCUGAGGGAGCAGACGGGACAGACGUCAACGCCUGCACCAGGGCCAACAACACCCCUGUCUUGGCUACUGGGGAUGACUUCGGCAAAGUGAAGGUGUUCAGCAACCCAGCCUGCCACCAAAAGGCCCGCUGCCUAGAGUAUGGCGGUCACAGCAGCCAUGUGACAGCUAUUGGCUUCCUCCAUGAUGACUCGCGCCUCAUAUCUACUGGCGGGCGAGACACAGCAGUCAUGCAGUGGGUGGUGAACACAACCCCGGCCUCCUCCUCUUCCUCUCAGCAUUAAGGGAGACUGCAGAAAGUGGGAGGAGUCUCCCUUGCACCUCAGACAGAUGCCUGUGUAGCGCAAUAUAUUUUUUCCAGGACAGUCAAAUGCAAUUGUAUAUAUUUGGAUGUUAGCUGAAGUUUUAGUAGUUUGUUACUCAUCCACUGCUAUAUUUUUUGAACAAAUGGAAUACAUACAUAGCUUUUCUAUAAUGUGUGAGAUGAGAACAGAGGAGAGACUGUGUAUACGUCCAUUCCAUAGAAUGAAGUGAUGUGAGCUAUUCAGAGGCUUGGAGGAAGGCUUUCAGAAUCCUGAUUCUCCAGGGCUCCUGCCUGUAGUUUAGUCAUUAAUGAGGUUGUGAGGCCACACCAGUAGGUACAGCUGGCUUCUUGCCACUCUAGGGUUUGAGCGGCACGUAGCUUGGCUUACAUCUAGCUGGAAAUCCGUCUAUUUUUUUUCUCCUCCUCCUCCUUCCUCCUCCCCACUGUUUUCUUUAUCUCUGUCUUCCCUUCCUCUUUCUGCCUACUUCCAGCAUCCAUCGGACUCCAUGGUCUUCCUUGUCUCUGGAGGAUGUGAUGACACAGCACUGCUGGUCCCUGAGGUCAGGUGCUGGGCAGGAAUUUGGUGUCUCCCAUAUUGAUCCCUGAGACACAUCCCUGAUAGGAGGAACUAAUGAACUCUUCUAUACAUUCAACUUAUGAUUGUAUUAUUUGAUAAAACUUUGGGGGAGACAUACAACAUGAACUAUGAAUUGUAUUAUCUGAAACCAAUCACAAUUGUGGAAAAUAAGGAGCAUGAAAAUUAAAGUGAGGAAGUUUUGAAAAAAAACUGUGUGGCUCUUGUGCCUGCCUUGGCAAAGAGCAGCUUCCUUAUAAAUGGACGAGUGUAAUGGUUUCUCUUUCAUCCUUUUUCUUUCCUGCAAGUAGAAUUAUAAUACAAGUGAUGAACUUUAGUUCAUCCAUUUUCUUCUGUUUUCACUGAUUAUUCUAACUUCUAUUCUGGAUGAAAAAAUAAGGAGGGAAAGAAAUCUAAUCUCCUUUCAGUAUUAUGAGGCCUCCCUCGUCCACACACCCGCAGCUGUAGGGUGGCUUGUGCUUCUCAUAUGUUCUGGAAGGAACUUUGUGAUGCGUCAACUUUUUUCAUGAAUAUCAUUUGUUUCUAGGUAUGAGGAGCAUGUCUCCAAGGCACAACAGUAGGCUACGAAGAUUUUUUAUUAUAUAUUUUAUUGUUGCUAAAUUUCUCUUGAUUAAAAUGAAAGGAAUAAAAAUUCCCAUGUGAGACAUUAUUUUUGUCAGUAAAUUGUCAUUGAUUAUAAAGUUACUAAAGCUCCUUUGCAAAGUGUUUUAGUUGUGUUUUCAACUGUCUCCAGGAGCAAGAACAGAGCUUGUUAAGGUAACUGAUUUCUUGAACUGCAGCGCACCCAUCGCCAGAGUGGCCACAAACACCAUCUGUAAUGCCAUUCCUUCUCCACCACCACCAUCAGCCACACUAUCCUUGCCAUCACCAGCCACACCACUCCUAUGAUCAUUACCACCUUUGCUGGACUAUCAUAAACACCAACCACACCAUGUCAUGCCACCCUUGUCAAACCCCAAACACAACCACCAUUCUCAUCACUCUCACCACACCAUUGCUGCACUACCCACAAGGCUUGCCAUCACCUACCCCACCUCCUGUAUUGCAUACUAACUAUACCACACCACACAGUAGUUAUAAAACAAAACUGUACUACAUCACCAGCUAUACCAUCAUCAUCUGUUUAAUGGCAGAUUUUCCCACAAUCUUUUAUGAGGUUAGACGGUCAAUGACAACAUUUUUGCAUUCAUCUUUGUAUGUAAAAGUUAAUGGGAGCAUACGCUAUAGCUGUGGUGUAACCUCCAGGCUACUACAGUUUACCUUCCCCAGUUACCCAUGUAUCGACCAUUCUGAAAGGAAGGAUGAACAGCUGGGUGGGCUGCAUGCCUACUGCUGAGGCCAGGAUGCAAACCCCGGCCCACAGACUUGUAGGUAGAGACACUAACCACUGCACAGCAGAGGCGCUAAAUGUAGCAGGGUCUGCCAGUUUUUGACUAAGGGCCUAGGGUGAUUGCCUACCAUGACUAAUGAGCACCACCUGCCCAGGUUUGUAGUCGGGAAGUGGAUCGCCUACCAUGGGUGAUAAGCCCCACCCGCCUGGGUAUGUACUCAAUGUCGUUCCUCUCCUAGAUGGAUUGCCUGUCAUGGCUAUGAGCCCCAUCCACCCAGGUUGGAUUGGUGAAGUGGCAGGGCAUGUCCACACAUUGGCGGGUCAUGCACACAACACCUCUGGGGCUCCAACCUGCACUGAGAUCCUCCACAGAUUUAGCCUGGGACCACAAGGUACCGAGGGUGUCAUGGGGAGGCACACUGAAGGUCUAGCCAAGGAAGAGGCUGUGUACUGGCAGGAAAGACUUCCACACUCUGCCUUUUUCUUUUUGCCAGAGCUAUCCGGUGGCUGCAGCUGAAAGCAAGAGAUGGCAAGCAAUCACCUACCUCACUACAGCACUAGAUGCAUUCCCUGUCCUGCUAUGGAGGCUCACCCUCAGCUAUACCACAUGUCAUCAUUAUUUAUGCAUUAUACCUUCCAAACAAACAACCAAGAGUCAUUUCAUCCAUUACGGUUUACACUGCAUGAAGCAUCCUUUACUUCAGGCACGUUCACAGCAUCCUUAAAAGAUAACAUUUCUGACAACCUUUGGGAGAAGUUAAUUUUUCGUCAAUAAAUAUUCUAAAUAUAGCCAUUUUGAAGAGACACUUUUCUUUCCACCUUGUCCCUCUUGCCCGCUACCACUGGUUAUUUCACCUAUUCACCAUUCACACACUGUCAUUCAAUUACUCUAUACUUAUUCAACCUUCCCUUUACAUAAACUUUCUGCCCUUUUCUCUUAUUCUUACAAUGUCGAUCCCUUCACACAAAUAACCCAUCCAUCCACUGCCUCAUCCACACUGCCAUUCCAUGGCCCAUUUCUCAAUCUGCACCUUGUUAUCCACCCAUUCUGAAUAAAUACAUGCCUUAUAAAUACCUUUCUAGUACUAGUACUUAUCUCCACCUGUUCAAUAUGGGUGACCACUCUACAUCUUCACCAUGCAGCACUCACCUAUAUAGAACAAGUGACCACAUCUUAACUUCCCUUUGACCUGUGUAACCUCCCCAUUCCACAAGUCAUCCACCCAACCAUCCUGCAACAACUAACUCCUCCCAGUCUUUGUUCAUCCAACGUCCAAAGUGUACGCCUGCCUUGGAAGAGAGUAGUGAAGUAGAGCCUAGUGGAGCAGCCUCACUGUAUCCUUGUUUGCUGAGGCAUAACUAGAUCAUACUUUGUAAGAUUAAAAAAAGUAUUAACAACUGAAGUGGAACAAACAAACCAAGCAGACAAAAACAAGCACAAGCUGUAGUGUUAUGGUAAGGAAGACAGUUUUCUAUUUAGUGCAGUCUUUGUCAAGUUGUUUAUACAAAUUUAUUAGUCUUCUCUGUGUUUGUUUGUUAUUCUUUUUAUAGUGAAGCAGUCUGAUUAGAAUGUAAAUAGUGAGGUUCAGUCCAGUAACCAAAGUUUAAAAUAUAUUACCUGUAACUGCUGCA